AUGGACACUGAAGAUAAAACUGCUUUUGUCGAUUCGCUUUGUAUUGGGUACUCUCCUGUCCAUUUCUUCCGGGCAGUACAAAGCGGUGACAUCGACGAAACUGGUGGUAUCUUCGUUGUUGGCUUUCCCAGAGCAGCUGCUGAGCUUUUGGCAGAGGCAAAAGAGAUGCCUGGAGUAUCCAGGCGGACCACUGUGGCAUUGGGCGGGUCGGCACUUCAAGGGUAUGGACAUGUAUCAUGCUGUUCGAGUGGCGCAUACAACCUUAGGCAUUGUGACCCCUUCAGUAGCCACUACAAAAGUGGUAGCAGAGGAACUACAGGCAGCAAUCUCAUCUUCACAGGCUACUUCAGGAAUCCAUUUGGUCGCGUUGCAUCCCGGCGCUGCAGCAACUCGAUUAGCUGCAAAGAUGACUUGGCCUUGCAUUUAAGGAAUCCACUUCUGCUUCAUUGUGACCGGACGGUGACUACGGCUUCGGGGAUAGCAAAUCAGAAGCAGUUGGAUCCCAAGGCCUUACGAUGUCCCAUCCGCAUCCAUGCUGCUGUGUCCACACCUGAACUCUGUUGGAGGCUCUGCGAUGAAGGGAGAGGAGAAGAGCUUGCUGCCAACCUAGUAAGCAGCAUUUUGGAUGCUUUGAGAGGCCCUCAGGGGUCCUCUUUACCACGGCAAGGACCUUUUAGUGGAGAAUGGCCACCGGACCCAGCUCCCCAUCAAAAGGGAUGGGAGGAGCUGCGUGCUGAGCUGCACGAAGCUUUAAGGCUUUUGUUUGACGACCAGACCCCUAUGCCUCGCUCUUUAUCAGACAUAAGAAUUGAUUUGUCACUAAAACCUGCAGACAAAGACCCGCAGGGGUUUUUAGAAGAACGAAGUGUCUCGGCGGUCGAGAGGAGGAAGUGCAGGACGCCAGAGCUUGUUUUUGGGGUCCUGAACUCGGGAUUGGCGCCUUCUGCAGCCCCCCGACAGCGUUCUCUUGCACAAGAUGCUUUCCAAUCUGUGGUUAAAGAGCAUUUCGCGCUAAUGCCCCGCAGCGCCGAAGCAGUCAACUUGGACAAACUGCUAGCGGUAGUAGGGCCUCUGCGCUUUUUAGACAUGCUAUGCAUACUACUUCAGCCCAAGCAGCAGCCGGAAUAUCAACACAAACAUCAGGUGCAGCAGCAGCAAGAUGACGAAGGGGCACAGCACCACGAACAAGAGCAUCAGAACUUGAUGCUUCAGCAGCUGCCUACACGACUCAGUCCGAUGUCUCUAAGCACCCUCCUCAGUCGGCUCUGCGAAACUCAGGGUCGUCCUCUCUUUGAGGCUCCCAAAAUCUUUGCUGCCUGCUGGGCUGCAGAGAACCCCGAAAAUGCUGAGAAUCUGACCAUGACUGAGUCUCGCGAGGCCCUGUGCCGGCCUCUGAAGGGCACGUCUAUUUCUUGGCGAAACUUCAUCGACGUGGCCCAGCAGCGACAGAGCGAGGCAUUUCUUUUACAUGUUUUUGGAUGCAUAAGGGGUUCUGCUCUGCAGAGAGCAGCUGCAUCGCUUCUGGAAGACAAAGACCCCCGUACCGGUCUGCCGUUGGAUCCCUGGGCAUUCCUGAUGAGUCGUCGCCUGAGAUUCCAAUCCAGCGAAGGGUCACCCCGUUCGGAGUCCUCCACCUCACGGCCCACCAAUCAGAGGCCCUCGUCAAAAAGUGAAACAACAUCUCUGAAUAUUGAUCCAAGCGCACAGAAACACGAUGCUGUCUGCAUUGCUGCUCCAGGCAGCGGUAACGGUAUUCCUUGCUUGUUGCCGGCAUCUGCAGUUCGUUUUAUCAGGACACCCCAAGAAAUUGGAGAGUACUUCGAGGCUCUUAGGCGGCAGCAGCAGCAGCAAACUAAGAUUUUAGAGACGGAUCAAGACAUCAAAGAGACACUUGUCCGGGGUGGCACACCGAUCCCAGAGCGACCCGUGACGGAUUCUACUGUGUAUUCGCUCGUGCGCCACCGGCGGUUUUCGCUACAAGAUCUCCAGGAGCGCAACCGCUUCGCAUGCGGGCCCUCUACGAGGGCCAGAGUAGAAGCAUCUCUGGGUGCCCCUCCCUGUGGGGCGUCUCCUCCCGCCACAGACACCUCAUCGGGAAGCUUCGCAGCCCGGAACGGGGAAUUUUGGGGUCCCUUGAAGGGCGGCCCCCACGGGGAAUUUUUGUUUCCUCUUGAGAUUGGAGAGCCUGGAAUUGCUGGUUUGCUGCCUCUUGCAGUUGGGCUGCGUGUGAUUGGGGCCCCUCCUCAUACGGCAUCUCUUAUGUGUCUCUCCGUUUCCUCGGGGACGCUUAUCGUUGACCUCCUAAACAGGCAGACAGCAUAUGUUACAGCCGUAGAGCGGCUACUUCAGUGGCUGCUAACAAAUCCCCUUCUGGUGAAGGUCGUAUUUGAUGCGAAGGAAACGCUUGAGAGGCUCGCCGUGGGUCCUGUUCCCUUCCAAGAACCCCUGGGCUCACUUGUCCACUGUAUUGACCUCAGGCAGCCUCGGAUUCACAGAAGGGUAAGGAUCAUGCGCCCUGAAGCGGACGCGAUUCGAAGAGAUGAACAGUUCACAGAAUCCCUGACGUACCGCAACGAGAGGCUCUUUAGGGACCUGCUCAAUAACCAGCAUCAAUCGGAAGAGGAUCUCUAUGAAAUGGAAACAGGAACAGAAGUCUUGACCGUGGGCACUCGUCGGACUCUAAGCCUCUUAAGAAGCGCUCUGCUGGGGGGUAGCAUGGGUGGCCUGUCGGAGCCUUCCAGCACCUAUCGCAGCAGCGCUCUCAACAGAAGGCCCCUCGACCCUCAUGUGCUAUAUGAUGUAGCAGACGAGAGCUUUUCUCUCCUAGUUCUUGAGCGACGACUCAGGCAACUGCAGUUAUAUCCAAAAUCCAUCCUUGGAGGUUCGGGAGUACAUGCUUUAUUAUUCGAAAAGACUGCGCCACCAAACUCGUGGCGUGUGGAUAGAGAACGGUCAGGAGCUCAACUAAGAAGAAACUUACAGAAGGUCCUAGGGGAAUUCACCUCAAUACUCUAA